AUGUUGACCUACACGCAGGUGCUGUUCCUGCUGGUGGUGCCGCCCGCGCUGGUGCUGGCCUUCCUGACGCGGCCGAUCGUGGGCAAGAUGGAAGUCUACAAGCUGCUGGCCCUCGUCGUCAUCGCCUUCGUCUACUCCACGCCAUGGGACUACUUCAAGCUGGCUCACGGGGUGUGGGGCUACUGCGAGGGCUGCGUGCUGUUCACGGUGUGGCUGAUACCGUUCGAGGAGUACUGCUUCUUCAUCCUGCAGACCGUGAUCACCACCCUGUGGAGCACGCUCGUCUUCUACCCGCAGCUCCCGCUCCUCCGCUUCCUCGCCGCCCGGCCCGGCGCCCUCUCCUCCUCGCGCCUGGCCACCCUCUUCCCCGUGCUCCUCUUCGGCGCCCUCGGCCUCCUCGGCUGGCACAUCGCCACCCCCAACACCCCCAGCUUCUACCUCGGAUCGAUCAUGUGGUGGGUGUCGCCGGUGUUGAUGCUGCAGUGGGGCCUGGCCGGGCGCUACAUCAUGCGAAUGGGCGCCGGGCCGGUGCUGACCGCCAUCCUGGCCCCGACGUUCUAUCUGUGGUUCGUCGACGUGGUGGCGCUCAACAACGGGGCCUGGUUCAUCGCCCGCGGCACGAAGCUGGACGAGCUCGAGCUCCCGAUGGCGCUGCCGAUCGAGGAGGCCACCUUCUUCCUGGUGACCAACGUCAUGAUCGUGUUCGGAUUCCUCACGUGGGACCGCACCGUGUGCAUGGCCGAGAACUGCGCCGAGGGCGGCCGCCUGGUGGGCAGCGACGUCCACGUCGACACCGCGCAGCUCGUCAAGCGAUACAUCGCCGCCGUCUUCAAGUCCGACGACGAGAUCUCAGAGAAAGCGGUGGAGGAUGUGAGCCUGUCGCUGCGGCUGAUCACGAAGGGCUCCAAGUCGUUCCACCUGGCCUCCACCUUCUUCCCGCCCGGCGUGCGCCAGGAUAUCAUGCAGCUGUACUCGUGGUGCCGCGUGUGCGACGACCUGGUGGACGACAAGCUCGCGCAGAAGAACCACGCCUUCGUGCGCCAGUUCUUCGACAACUUCCUCGACUCGGUCUACGCCGACGACGCGCUGGCCCCGUCGGGCUCCAUCCGCACCAGCGACCCGGCCUCGUCCAUCGUCAUCCGCCCGGCCGGCGAGCGCCACCUUAAAAACCAAGACGGCGACCACCUUAACGAACUGCGCGAGGUGGUCGUCGUCAGCGCCACGCCGAGCGAGAGCGUGCUCGACAAGCUGCUGCCGUUCGAGAAGAUCUCGUCGUUCCGCUGCAUCAAGCGCCUCGUCGACAAGUACCACAUGAAGCGCGAGGAGCUGGCGGAGCUGAUCGACGGGUUCAAGCUCGACAUGGACAUGGACCGUCGCGAGGUCAAGAUCGGCACCACGGACGACCUCAUCCACUACUCGUGCUGCGUGGCCGCCUCGGUGGGCGUCAUGUGCUGCCGCAUUUUCAACAUUCCGAGCCAUCGCACCGACGUCUACGAGCGCGCCCGCGACAUGGGCAUCGCCCUCCAGCUCACCAACAUUGCCCGGGACAUUGUGACGGACGCGAAGAUCGGGCGGGUCUACGUGCCGCUGCAGUGGUUCGAGAGCGAGCAGGAACGGCAGGAGCUGCUGGACCACCCGUGGAAGAACCCCGGCCGCCUCCGCCAGUUCGCCGAGUCACUCAUCAGCCUCUCCGAGCCCUACUACCGCCGCGCCGAGGAGGGCGUCGCCAUGCUGCCCCACGAGGCACAGAAGCCGGUGAUGCUGGGGCUGCGGUUCUACAAGGAGAUCGGGCACAUCAUCCUCAAGAACCCGUCCUACCCGGAACGCGCCCACGCGCCCCUGAUGGACAAGCUCGCCAUCGCACUCCGGGUCUACUUCCCCCCGACCUACCGAGACAUCGGCGUGGCCCUCGGCUACUCUCUCUUCCUUGCCUGCCUCUUCUUGUGA